CGACGGGCCAAUAUGAACGCGACCGACGUGGGCGUGACGCAUGUCCAUGGCGUGAACCCGCAGCACCUCGUGGAGAAGAUCCUCCGGAAUCGCAUCUACGACUGCAUGUACUGGAAGGAGCAUUGCUUCGGCCUCACGGAAGAGACGCUUGUCGAGAAGGCGAUCGACCUCAGCUACAUUGCUGGCCACUUUGGCGGCAACCAGCAGCCGUCGCCGUUCCUGUGCUUGCUCCUCAAGAUGCUGCAGAUGCAGCCCGACAUGGACGUCGUCAUGACGUUCAUCGAGAACGGCGACUACAAGUACGUCACAGCGCUCGGCGCCAUGUACCUGCGCCUCACAGGCAAGCCCGUCGAGAUCUACCCCGUGCUCGAGAACCUCCUCUCCGACUACCGCAAGGUGCGCUUCCGCAAGACGAUGGGCUGGGACGUGCUGCACAUGGACGAAGUCGCGGACCUCCUCUUGCGCGAAGAGUACUUUUGCAACAUUGCGCUGCCUCGCUUGGUCGACCGCUUCCAGCUCGAGUCCAUGAACCUCCUUCCGAAGCGCAAGAGCGCGCUCGACGAAGCGCUCCUCUCCGACGACGACGACGACGACAACGACGACGACGACAGCGAUGAUAACGAUGACGACGAUGACAAUAGCGAUGAUCCGAUGGGCGCCAAGAGUGUAGACGAUAGUGCGGAUGAGUAAGCUACCUCGAUCACUUUGUCUCGA